AUGGCUGCAUCUUCUAGCAAUGGGUGGGAUGAUUCAAAUGAUGAUGCAAUUGAUGAUGCAAUUGAUGAUGCCUUUGAUGAUAUGUUCGAUGAGAGGUUUGAUGCUAAAUUCGAUUGCAUUUUUAAUCAGCUUGCGGAAAAAAAGAAAAAUAAAAAGAGAGCAUAUAUUGAAAGACAGAGGGAAGAAAGUCACAAUCGGUUAUGGAACGACUACUUCAGUGAUGAUGCAACCUAUCCACCACAUAUUUUCCGACGCCGUUUUAGAAUGACCAAAGAUUUGUUCAUGCAUAUUGUUCAACGCCUCUCCACAGAAGUUCCGUAUUUUCAACAAAGACGAAAUGCCAUCGGAAGAUUAGGUCUAUCUCCUCUACAAAAAUGUUCAGCAGCAAUUCGUAUGAUGGCAAAUGGUACCGCAGCCGAUGCAGUUGAUGAAUAUCUCCGGCUCGGUGCUAGUACGGCAUUGUUAUGCUUGAAAAAUUUCACCGAGGGUAUAAUAUCCUUGUUCGGGGAUGAGUAUCUGAGAAGACCCACGGCUGCUGACCUACGGUGCUUAUUGGAGAUCGGAGAGUCCCGGAGCUUUCCCGGGAUGAUAAGAAGCAUCGAUUUUUUUGAUGACAUCUUGCAUGGUCGAGCUCCAAAAGUGAGAUAUUGGGUAAACGGUAACGAGUACCGUUUGCCAUACUAUCUUACUGACGGUAUUUAG